GUAUAUAAGACGUGCAGAUCCGCGGCGCUGGGUUUCUCCAGUCUUCGCGUCCUCCACAUUCUUUCCCCAAUUCGCCACUUUCUUUUUCUCGCGCCAGUCGCCUUUUGAUAAAGCUUUUCAGCCCCUAGCCAACGCACUUCACCCGAUCUCAAAGAUGUUCGCUACCCGCUUUAUCGUUUUCUUCCUCUCGUUCGUUCUCACCUCGGUCCUCGCGGCCCCCAUCAACUCGCGCGCGGCCGUCAAGCUCAACGUCGCGAACUGCACGGCGCGCAACGUCAAGCUCAACACGCACGACUGCGACGUCGCGCUCCUCGGUCUCGGAGGCGGAAUUGCCGGAAAGAUCCAGUUCCUGCGCGUGAACGCCGCGUCGACCACCGCCGUCAGCGGAACCUGCCGUGUCACCGCCACGGCCGUCAACGGCGGUACCACGAUCGACAUCAGCAAGGGCCGUCUUGAGGGCCACGGCUCCAGCAACGGUGGCUUCGACAACCUGCGCGAUGCCUGCGGAACGACCCCCGGCUCGAUGAUCAUCGGUGGUGGAUCCAACAACGGUGGGGACAUCGAGAUUGCCAUCUCCAAGGCGUAAUUGUUGGAUGGAAGGUGUCGUACCCGUGCUGUGCAGCACCAGAUUAGCCACACGGACCACUCGCUUUCCCGUACAUGUCGCCGUUCCGUUUGUGGAAUUUAUCCUGUGAAGCCGAAGUCAGAAUGCUAGCGAGGGUC